UAGCAAGUGAACAUUGGAAGAUUUUCGGUUGACAUAUGCAAAAGAAGGAAGGGAGUAUUUUCUUGGAGUUUUUGAACUUAUUAGUCUUGAGAUAUGGGUGGAUGUGUGUCGAAUCCUUCUAAGAAGAUAAAGUUAAAAACAAAGUACAUUCCCAAGACUCGUAGGUUUCGAAGAAAGGCACCAUCUUCUGUUUCUGUUGCACCGAUUGAGCAACUUACUGGUGCAGGAGAGUAUGCAAGAGACGUUGAUGUUUGUGAGUUUGUCACAAUAGACUACGAGAGCAGGGCGUCAAGUCCAGCAUUUCAUCAUUCCCAAAACUAUCAUCAAGUUGAUGUAACCGGAUUAAGCCAAGAGGAAGCAUGGUUUGAUUCUUGUAGUGUCUUUGAUUCUGAUUCAGACGAAGACUUCACUAGUGUUCUUGGAGAAAUUUGUCCUUCACUCGUUGUUGCUGCUGGGAGCGCAUUAGAUCAUCAAAGUCAAAUCGAAAGCAACUCAAACUUUUAUGAUACCAUCAACUACAAUGAUAUAUCAUGUGUGGAUGGAAAUUUUACUAAGAGGACCAACGUUGUGGAGGAUCCAAGUUUGACAUCUCAAAGAAGGAAGUUAUCAGUUGUAACACUUGCUGUUAGUAAGAUACUACAUGAUGGAGACACGACGACUGAGUUUUGUCCUUCAAGAAGAUUAUUGUAUCAUCCAAGAGCAGGAUUUCUUAUUCCACAUUCCAAUGAUGUGAAGCAGACUCAAGGAUGUUGGAGUCCGGUUUCACCUUCCGUAUUUAAGCUUCGUGGCGUGAAUUACUUCAGAGAUAAGAGGAAAUUUCCUGCCACAAAUUGUUGCCCUUAUGUACCUAUUGGUGUUGAUUUAUUUGUUUGUCCGCGGAAGAUAUCUCACAUUGCGCGGCAUCUUGAGCUUCCCUUUGUAGAGCCACAUGAAAAAGUUCCAUCAUUGCUCGUCGUCAAUAUACAGCUGCCUAGUUACCCUACUUCGAUGUUCCUUGGGGACAACGACGGGGAGGGAAUGAGCCUUGUACUGUAUUUCAAAGUAUCAGAAAAUUUCGAAAAAGAUGUUUCUCCACAAUUUCGAGACAGUAUAAAGAGAUUUGUAAAGGAUGAAACGGAAACCGUAAAGGGUUUUGCAAAGGAAUCAACAGUUCCUUUUAGAGAAAGACUCAAAAUUAUGGUUGGUCUAGCCAAUCCUGAAGACCUUCAUCUAAAUCCCGCGGAGAAAAAGCUUUUACACGCUUAUAAUGAAAAACCAGUGCUUUCGCGUCCUCAACAUGCUUUCUACGAGGGAGACAACUACUUCGAAAUAGACUUGGAUGUUCAUCGAUUCAGCUACAUUUCCAGGAAAGGAUUUGAUGCAUUCCGAGAACGGUUGAAACAUGGAAUUCUUGAUCUUGGAUUAACAAUUCAGGCACAGAAACAAGAGGAGCUGCCAGAGAGAGUUUUGUGCUGUGUUCAAUUAAACAAAAUUGAUUUUGUAAAUUGUGGCCAGAUACCUCAACUUAUAACUCCUGUAUGAUGAUAAUUGAAAUGAUUUGAGGGCUGGACCAAUAGUUGUAAAUAUUUUUGCACUAAAGAAAAGAGACUAUGAAUUCUAAAAUGUAACAAUUACAUCAUUUUUUUUUUGGUAUCAAGAAUGGCACAAUGUCAAAAAAGUUUAGAACUUCUUAAAUGAAAAUCAGACAAGAAGUGGAUUUUUUUAAAAAAAAUUUCAAUCACCCAGAUUAAAAUUUGGGUCGUACUUGUAUUCAGCAAAAAGGGGCAAAGGGGACUGUGCUGAACCUCAAAUACAACAUUGUCAAGCCAAAAAAAGUGGUGAUAUAAUAUCAUCGAAAUACUAGAAAGCACAAAAGUUACAAUUUUCUGGCUCAACAACUAUGUACAGAUUAACUAGUUAGUGUAGAAGUUUGCCUUAUUAGCUUUUGUUCUAAUGCUGGGCAUUUGCCUCUUGUUGAGUUGAACCAGUCCCUUAGCUUGUCUUGGAAGCUGGCUGAAGGAGUGGAACAUGAUAUUUUGCGAAGAUUCGGAAGCCAAUUUUGCAAGAAAGUCUAACCACUUGGUUUCCCUUUCUGUAGCAAUGACUCACACCAUGAAGA